ACUGGACUUGCUAGGGUUCUUUGUUUCUGGAAAUUUUUAGAACCUAGCAAGGAGUUUGGAUCCUGGCCAUUGUCAAGUGCUCCAGGUACCACUCUAUAUCCAACUCAGCCAUGCUUUCAGUCACCUGCGAUGUUCCAGGCCUAUAGUUGCCACCCUUUCCCUUGCCCCAGAUACUCCCACCAGGGCACUAGGUCUCUAUAGGGAUCUCAACUCUAAGAAUCACCAAUCCUGGGUGCUCCCCUAUCCCUGCUGCCUCAUAGCAUACUCACGAUAUCCCUGCCAGAAACCGAUCUCUAUUUUCCACUGAAGUCUUCCAGAGGUUAUAGGAAGUUAUCCAAAGAUUUGGCCAUUCAGGGAAAGGAUUUCCCAGAAAAGUAAACGCCAUCCAAAUGCUGGCAGGCUUUUUGCAGCUCUUUCUUUCUGCCUCACCACUGCUCCCAACCCCCAUUGAUUUAUUUAUUCAUCCCUUAAUCCUCUAAUGAGUACCCAUUGUGUGCCGGAUUCUGUACUAGGAGCAAGGAACAUGGGGCUCGGUUUGGCAUGGUUCCACACUCACAGAAAUCUACAUGCAUAGAGGACAUUUCAGGGGGCUCUUAACAGCACCCAUUGCAUCAAACUAAGAAAGGGCAGCCAUUACUUUUGUGUGCAGAUAUUCACAGGCACCGUAUCCCUCUUUCUCUAUCCAAUCUCCAGAGAGACUUUACCUCCACCUGAGCAGGGACCAUCCUGAGACCUUUCUAGGACAUUCUGCAGUACUAGCCAGCUCUGAGCUUGUCUUUGGUUUGCUUACUGUCAACUUUAUCUCCCAUUAUCUUGCUUCAUCUGUCCACAAGUCACACCUACUUUGAAACAAUGCAGCUCUUCAUGAAGGAAGUCAACGGAUCUGUUUCUAAGAACAUAGUCUUAUGCCCUGAUCUUAUUUGGGUCUUUCGUUUCCCGUAGCUGCACGGCAAGUCUGCAUACAGCAAAGUGACCUGCAUGCCUCACCUUAUGGAAAGGAUAGUGGGUUCUGGCCUCCUGUGGCUGGCCUUGGUCUCCUGCAUUCUGGCCCAGGCAUCUGCAGUGCAGCAAGGUUAUGGAAACCCCAGUGAAGCCAGUUCCUAUGGGCUGGACUUGGACUGCGGAGCUCCUGGCACCCCAGAGGCUCACAUCUGUUUUGACCCCUGUCAGAAUUACACCCUCCUGGAUGAACCCUUCCGAAGCACAGAGAACUCAGAAGAGAAAGAGGGGUGCGAUGACAACAUGAGUGGCUGGUACCGCUUUGCAGGGGAAGGAGGAGUGAGGAUGUCGGAGACCUGUGUCCAGGUGCACCGAUGCCAGACAGCUGCUCCCAUGUGGUUGAACGGGACCCACCCUGCCCUUGGGGAUGGCAUCGUCAACCGCACUGCCUGUGCCCACUGGAGUGGCAACUGCUGUCUCUGGAAGACGGAGGUGCUGGUGAAGGCCUGCCCAGGCGGGUAUCACGUGUACCGGUUGGAAGGCACUCCCGAGUGUAGUCUGAGAUACUGCACAGAUCCCUCCACUGUGGAGGACAAGUGUGAGAAGGCCUGCCGCCCCGAGGAGGAGUGCCUUGCCCGCAACAGCACCUGGGGCUGUUUCUGCAGACAGGACCUCAAUAGCUCUGAUUUCCACAGUUUGCAGCCUCAGCUAGACUGUGGGGCCGAGGAGAUCAAGGUGAAGGUGGACAAAUGUUUGCUGGGAGGCCUGGGUUUGGAGGAGGAGGUCAUUGCCUACCUGCGAGACCCAAACUGCAGCAGCAUCUUGCAGACAGGCGAGACGAACUGGGUAUCUGUGACCAGCCCCGUCCAGGCUAGUGCCUGCAGGAACAUUCUGGAGAGAAAUCAAACCCAUGCCAUCUACAAAAACACCCUCUCCUUGGUCAGUGAUUUCAUCAUCAGAGACACCAUCCUCAACAUCAACUUCCAAUGUGCCUACCCACUGGACAUGAAAGUCAGCCUCCAAGCUGCCUUGAAGCCCAUUGUAAGCUUCCUGAACGUCAGUGUGGGCGGGGAUGGAGAGUUCAUUGUUAGGAUGGCCCUCUUCCAAGACCAGAACUACACGAAUCCUUAUGAAGGGGAUGUAGCUGAACUGUCUGUUGAGUCCAUGCUCUAUGUGGGCGCCAUCUUGGAGCAAGGGGACACCUCCCGGUUUAACCUGGUGUUGAGGAACUGCUAUGCCACCCCCACUGAAGACAAGGCUGACCCUGUGAAGUAUUUCAUCAUCAGAAACAGCUGCUCAAAUCAACGUGACUCCACCAUCCAUGUGGAGGAGAAUGGGAGAUCCUCGGAAAGCCGGUUCUCAGUUCAGAUGUUCAUGUUUGCUGGACAUUAUGACCUAGUUUUCCUGCAUUGUGAGAUUCAUCUCUGUGAUUCUUUUAAUGAACAGUGCCAGCCUUCUUGCCCAAGAAGUCAAGUCCGCAGUGAAGUACCAGCCAUUGACCUAUCCCGGGUUCUAGAUUUGGGGCCCAUCACUCGGAGAGGUGCGCAGUCUCCUGGUGUCAUGAAUGGAACCCCCGGCACUGCAGGGUUCCUGGUGGCCUGGCCCAUGGUCCUCCUGACUGUCCUCCUGGCUUGGCUGUUCUGAGAGCUCCACUGAGCAUCUGGCCUUGAAGUUGUGUUCUUCCCUCUGGCAAUGGCUCCCUUCACUACUUCUGCUUUCCACUCCAAUUCACCCAGUCUUGGUAUUAACAGACUCAAGGCCAGGCUAGGUUUCGGGAAAGGGAACAACUUUCACCUUCUUUAAAACUCUCGGCUGGGCGCCGUGGCUCACGCCUGUAAUUCCAGCACUUUGGGAGGCUGAGGCAGGUGGCUCACCUGAGGUCAGCAGUUCAAAACCAGCCUGGCCAAAAUGGUGAAACCCCAUCUCUACUAAAAAUACAAAAAUUAGCCCGGCAUGGUGGCAGGCACCUGUAAUCCCAGUUACUUGGGAGGUUGAGGCAGGAGAGUCGCUCAAACCCAGGAGGUGGAGGUUGCAGUGAGCUGAGAUUGUGCCAUUGCACUCCAGCCUGGAUGACAGGGCAAGACUCUGUCUCAAAAAAAAAAAAAAAAAAAAAAAAGGCAACAUAGUGGGGUUCCUGUCAGUCUGUACUGGGCUGCCCUUCUCAUUUGUUAAUGGGACCUUGAAAGCAAGCUUGCUAGGUGCCCUCUGUGGCUUUAGCCUUUACCGGAAGUGUGGCGCAUGUUUUUAACUCCAGGGAAGAGGUAUCCUGUCACUAGGGUAUGGGAUGAGCAUGGAGAAGAAGCACCGGCCAUGAUUCCUUCCUAAGCAUCUCCUGUUCUGACUGCUCAUGAAUUGAAGAGACUGACCCUUGCAUUCACUCUGCUUCCUUUGAUUGUUUGUAUCAUGGUUUCCAAAAAUCCCCAUGGGAACAUAUCAAAGGGCCACUUUUGGAGACUCUGCUCCAGGAAAAACUAGUCCCCAUAGCUCCCCUAUCCCCCACCAUACCACAGACAUGCUGUGACUUAGAGAACUACACAAACAUCCUUGGGACCUAGAUGCUGGAGGAAUGACUCGAUUUUGAUGCAGAAACUUCAUCACGCAAGGGAGUACCUCUCACUGUAAACGGUGCUGUGCUUGCUCUGAAGGAUUAAGCAAGAAGUCCCAGCAGAAGCAAUGCACCAGUCCUGCUAUGGGAAUGUAACUGCAAAGCCUAGGAGAUGGGUGAAGUCCCUUUCUGGAGACCUUUAAUGAGUACUUCAAAGCACUCCACAAAGAUGCAACAAAUAGGGCAUCACACAUACCCAGGCAUUAAUACUCACGGGCAUAUAUAUAGAUACUGAAAUGUGUACACUGACUUACGCCCUUCCCACAGCUACAGAUAAGGCCUCGCAAAGCUGGCCUCAGAGACACAUCAGGAACCAAGGUAGACCAGCAGGUGCCGAGCCUGUGUAUCUACUUGGAGGAGACGUUCCAACGUGCUACCUUGUUUAGAGAUGGUGUGGUUGCGAGAAACAGAAACCCACUACAAUUUCUCAGGCAAAAGGGGAGUUAAUUAUAAGGACGUAGGAGCACGAAGUUCAAGUGCAAGAGAUACCUCCAGGCUGCACACGCUCUGGGAGUGGGACCUGGCAAGCCAAAAGAAGCCAAAGUUUGUCUUGCCUUCUGUCCCUCUUUCUGAAGCCACAUAGCCUUUUAUGACGGUGUAUCUUUGCAUCGCCUUUGUUUUCUUUUUCUGUCUGAAGCCAGCUUUUCCUGUUCACUCAUCCCUUGAUUAAAUAUGGACAUUCCAGCUUCA